UAGUGUUUACCGAUCAAAAUGAAUUUAUUCUAAUUGUUAUGAACAUGAACUUUGAUUUAUUGGAUUAAUUCCGUAAAAAAUAUUUCGUGAGAACAAUCUACAAUUCUGCUCGCAUGAUGUGAUUAUACAAUUUCGCAGGGACAGAGUGUGGCUGCUAAGCAUAAUACUGUGUUUGUUUAUCACUUAACAGUGAAUAUCAUAACCACGUACAAAUAUUUCAAGGAUGCAACUUAAUGUGUGUGAUCUUGUUCUGAUCCCUUUCUGAGGAAUUUGGCGGAUAUUGUCACAGUUGUGCACAUUUUGCUAACAGAUAAAUGCUAUAUUUCGUUCUUUUACGUGAUAUAUUUGCGGCAUGCUGAAAUCUGGUUGAAGCAUAUCAAUAUGGCGGAUGGAUUGUGUGCUAAGUGUUCCAGAUACCUGCUGGUUGUCUUCAACUUCUUCUUCUGGGUAUCCGGGUGUGGUUUACUGGGAAUUGGGAUAUGGAUUUGUGUGGAUGACAGGAUAGAGGAUUUUCUUGGGAAUGCAAACAUUGGUUUCCCAUUGGACUGGAUCUACAUUUUUGCUUACGUUAUUAUUGGUGUCGGUGGAUUUAUUUUCAUCACGGGAUUCUGUGGUUGUUGUGGAGCUGUGCGGGAGAGUGCUUGGAUGCUAGCGGGUUAUAUAGGAUGUGUCGUCCUCAUUUUGGUAGCAGAGUUGGUGAUAGGGGUGUACAUCGCAGUGGAACGAAAAAAUUUGGAAGGAAUACUUCAAAAUGAGCUUACAAAACUUGUGAAUGACUACACCUACCACGACAAUAAUAAAACGAUGGAUUUCCUUCAACAGCAUUUUGAUUGUUGUGGUGCUAGAAAUUUCUCAGAUUACAGAGACACUCAACUAAACAACAGAACAAACACAAUCUCAACUUGGAUCGUACCAACCAGUUGUUGUAAAACAGGAAAUACACAGACAUGUUACAUGGAAGCCAGAAACUUGGGACCCGUGUACAUAGAACUAAGAAGUCAGAGUUGUUAUGACAGUAUAUUAGAUUUUCUAUAUGGAAAUGUGGUCAUUUUAAUCUCUGUUGUGGUGGCCGUAGCUAUUACAGAGAUCCUGGGAGUAAUCUGUGCAGUGAUAUUAUGUCAGAACAGGACAGAAUAUUGGGAUUGGGACUAAUGACCUUCUACAGCUGUUCAUCGUGAAAGUCACAGAGGAUCUGUUUAGUUUAUUAUUUUAAUAGUGACCACAUGUCUCAAUGUUUUUGUAUAUAUAACAGCCAACAUGUUGAGGAGAACCAGUAGUACAAUGGUGAUAGAAGAUUGUCUAGUGCACAACAAAAUAUGGUAAAGAAUGAAUAGUCAAUAAAUUGUCAGAAUUUCAAGGGUUAUUCAAACUAAGUUGCCCUGGAGAAAUAUGAUAUCAUAUAUAUUGUUCAUAUUCUCAUAUUGUUACAUGUUCGAUAUUGUUAUGAGUAAAAAUGAAGUAUACCAAUAAUGUACAUAAGUUUAAAUUGUACAUAAUUUUUUUGUCAUAGUACAUAUCUUCUUUUAUAUAUACAGGAAGUAUUUAUCCUGUUUAUGACUGAAGACAAUAUCUAAAUUGCUUAUUUUUAAAAACCAUAUUUACAAAAUCAUAUGUAAAAUAUCUGACAAAAAGAGGGACAACUCUGUUUUUUUUUUCAUGUUCUGCAAAGAAAAUAUCGUUACAGGAGUCAGUAAAAUAUUUCUUUACGACAUACUAGUACACUGUGUGUGUCAUGAUGUUGAUCUGUAUGUAUAUGCAUAAAAUCUACAUGUAGUACGAUUUCAUUUAUUCUUCCAAAGUCCUAUGAAAAGUCCAUGCAAGAGUAAGAUUUUAAAGACAACUUAAAUAGGAAAAGAACCUAUAUUCAUUUUCUCCAUGCAUUCAGUUUUUUUAUGUAAGUAGUUAAUUGUUUUUUACAUGUUGCUGUUAUCAAUGUUAUAAAGAUGAAAAAAGAAAUAAAAAUAUUUACAUCAUC